AAACGGAGUCGGGUAAAAUAAGUCAGCUGAGGCUCAGAGUGCUUCGAUAGCGAGAAGAAGCGAUAGGCUCUUUUCAUGUGGAUUUGAUACCAAUGUAUUUUCGGGUAAUUGUCAAGUAACUAACUUGAGUUUUGGCGAUAUACUCAGAAACGUAAGAGCAUUUAACGUUAUAUAUAUAUAUAUAUAACGUUACAUAACUUACUGGAAUCCAGCCGCUCGUCGCACGUUCGACAUUCGUGGUAAGCAUGGCGCUGACUUUGUCCUCCCCGUGUGGAUAUCCCUUUGAUGAGGACGAGGAAAUGGCUGUCUUUGAGUCGACAGCAGCAGAGCAUGGAGGCCUGUCUAGACCACGUCUACCUGAGAUCUCUGUCAUUUCCCCCGGCCUGGACACCCGGCCUUCCAUUGCAGACCCAAAACUAGCAGUGAAACCUGCAGCGGUGAGACAAGGUAGUUGUGAUGAAGAGAGGGUGAAGGUCUUUCUGCGCAUCCGGCCACUUACUGAGACUGAGAGUCAUCGGGAUGAAGAACAGGGUUGUGUGGCUGUCCAAGAUGAAGAGACACUCCUGCUCAAAGCUCCAAAAGAGUCUCAGAACAUGAGGACUGCAGAGAGGGGCAUCACCCAGAGCAUGCACAAGUUCAGUUUCUCAAAGAUUUUUGGGCCAGAGACCACACAGCAACAGUUUUAUGAGUCCACAAUGAAGAAGAUGGUGAAAGAUGUGCUUCAAGGAGAAAACAGGCUCCUCUAUACUUAUGGUGUCACCAAUUCUGGAAAGACUUACACUAUACAAGGCAGCGGUCUUGAGGCCGGCCUCCUGCCCCGGGCGUUGGUGUCCCUGUUCAGGAAACUGCAGGGUCGCCUCUAUGGUGCCAUGGACCUGAAGCCUGUCUUGUAUCAGGAUGUGAGACAGCUUGACUCCGGAGAGAUCAGGGUGGAGGAAAUCCGCCGAAACUCUCUGCUUAAAGAGAAUGAAAAUCUGACUUCCCGUCGAGGUGGUAACACUUCAAUCUGGGACAGCGGCAUUGGAGGACUCUCCUCUACAAGUAACAUUGCCACCCAGCUUGAAGACACUGGCAGUGUUUGUCUGGAGCCUGACAGCCUUUCACACAGUGGGGCAGAUCUGGCGGAAGGGGUGCAGUUUUCGAUCUGGGUGGCCUUCUACGAGAUCUACAAUGAGUUCCUGUACGACCUUCUGGAUGCGUCGCCCUCCCUGCAGCCCAGAAAAAGAAUCACGCUGCGGCUUAGUGACGACAAGCAGGGCAACCCUUAUGUGAAAGACCUUGCCUGGAUCCAGGUCCGCAGUGCCGAGGAAGCUUGGAGGAUUCUGAGGGCUGGACGUCGUAACCAAAGCUUUGCCAGCACUCACCUCAACCAAAACUCCAGCCGUAGCCACAGCAUUUUCUCCAUCCGUGUCCUGCACAUCCGCCCAGAGGCGGAUUCGGCCCAGGCCACGCACAUCAGCGAAUUGACUGUUUGUGAUCUGGCUGGGUCUGAACGCUGUAAAGAGCAGCGUAAUGGUGAGAGGAUGAAGGAGGCCAACAACAUCAACACCUCCCUUUUGACACUGGGACGCUGUAUUGCUGCUCUGAGGCACAACCAGAACAACAAAUCGCGACCCCCUCAAGUGGUGCCCUUCAGGGACAGUAAAAUGACCCGGGUCCUGCAGGGUUUCUUCUGUGGCAGAGGAACGUCCAGCAUGGUGGUCAACAUCAACCCAUGUGCCUCCAUCUAUGACGAGACUCUCCAAGCCCUCAAAUUCUCUGCUAUUGCUACUCAACUGGUCCAUGGCCCGUCCACAAAGACCAGAGUGGCCUACAUCCUGGCCCUUCUGCGUGAGCCAACAGCAAAUGGUAAUGAAAGCACAGUGAUGGAGGAGGAAGGGGAUGAGAGUGAUAUUGAAGACGGAGAUAUCACCAUGUUAAAUACUGAGGCUCUGCUGCAGGCCAUCGAUGUGCUGAAGAGAGAAGUGCAGCGCCAGCGGGACGAGAAAGAUGUUCUUGAGGCAAAUGUGAGAGAGCAGGUGGUCUCUGAGAUGAUGGAGCUCAUUUCUGGGAUGCAAGAUGGCUUCAGUGAGACCUUGGAGGCAGAGAGGGCUCUUAUUGAAGAGCGGUACGAAGACAAGUUAACUAACGUGCAAAAACAUUUGAAGAAAUUCUACAGUCAGGAGUUGACGGAGCGUGACCAGGAGAUUGACGCUUUGUCUGCAGCCCUGGAUAAAAUCAAGGUGGCUGAACCACAUGGAGACUCUGAGGGGCCUCGCCGCUCUCGGCGCCUCACCAGUCAGACCGAAUGCAGCAGACUGCACGUUGAACUCGACCAGUGUCGCGCUGAGCUGCUCGCCAAGACUCAAGAGCUUACCAAGCUGAAGAUGCAGCCGGAAGUCCCGGGUUCAACAGGCACCGUCACCGUCACCAAUGCUGCUGAUCGCAAGCUGGAGGACGGUCAACGGAACCUGCGUCAGUUGCGCCUGGAUCUGCAGAGGCUCGGGAUGGACCUACAGUCGGGUGAACGAGCCUGCUGUCGCAACACAGGAGGGGAGAGGCUGCGGCAGGCACUAACGGCUGCAGAUGAGACGCUGGCCAAACAGGACCAGAUCCUUUUGGACCUCCAGAACGGCCUGGCGCUCGUAAAGGCUGACUUGAGGCGGAAAGCAGAGAGCCUGGCCCAGACGCAGGCCGUCCUGCCCCCGCUGCCCUCCUUGGGCUACGCUGCCUCCAUCACGCCAGGUUCCUGCAAGAAGAGGGGCUGUGCGGUUGCUGCAGCAAAAGACACUGAGAACCGUCCGCCAGAAAAAAGGCAGUUUUUCCAGUCUCUCUUCCCGAUGCGUACACCGAACCGUAAAUACAACACUCGAGCUUUUGAGGAAGCAAGCGCUACCCCUUCCUCGCGGAUCCUGCGCUCUCGCCAGCAGUCUCCGCCUCGCAGCCCCGCCCCCACCCUUCGUAGUCUCAGGGGGAAGUACUGAGCUCUUUGGAGCGUCAGGUGGAGUUUGUCCUCUUUUGAUGUUAUGCAAAAAAAAAAAAAAGUUAGUUUUUAUUUGCUUGCAACUUGUUAGUAUUUUAUAUUGUAUUUUAUAUAUUCACUUUUUGCAGUGCAGUUGACUCACUGUCAUGCCGAAUACCAAUAUGAUGUUCAUGCCAGUAAAACGGUUUAAACAUGCUUUAAAAAGGCUUUCUGUACACUACAAGGUAAGGAAUCGAGGUGCUAUGAUCAGUGGUUAAUGGAUGUCAAUCUAAGAGACUGUAUGUUGAGAAUAGUGUAUGCCUGUGUCAUCAGCCUUCUCCGCCUUUUUGCUAUGAACACGUUUCUGUUUUCUACAAUAAAGUAUAUGACAACGUGAUCUUUGA